CAAAUCGGCUCUUUCGAACAGUUAUUUUUGGAUGAACCCUUUCAAACAAUCGAUUCAGUGGUUCAUCAUUCCCUGAUCAUUCCGUAUGUAUCCGCUCGCAUCCAUUCACUAAGAUUCAUUGAAAAGAUCCGGUUCAAACGAAUGAUUCAUUUACGAAUCAGACAUCGGUAUCGACAGCAAGGGUAAAUAUGUUGUAUUCAGGAGGUGUGUUUCAGCAAAACUGAAGAUAUAUUUGUGACAUAAAGUCAGGUAAUGUCACCUAAUGUUAGCGUCAGUCCGGAAUUUACGUGUUUAUAUAUUCAACCGUUUGUCUGAAAGAAUGAACUCUCCAUAUUUCUCCGAGUCAGUAGCUGUAUUAGGCACUUGUGCGACUGAAACUAUAGGUGAAAGUGCUGUAAAUAAAGGAGGAAUUCGCAGAUUGAGAUCCAGAAUGGCUCAAGGAAUCAAAUCAGAAGAUGAUUCUCCAAACGUGAAAGCAGAAGAUCUCGAGCAGAGUAUUUCUGAUGCUCCACUGCGAACCCAUGCAGAAACUUCUGCAGGUGAGACGAACUGCUCAGAGACUGUGUCAAGUUGCAAUAACUCAACCACAAAAGUGAAAGGAGAAGCAGUGGAUGAGCAAGCCGUUUUGACGUCACCUAGAAAACCAAGGCGGGGCCUUGUGAAGGUGAAGUAUGAGGAGGAGGAAGGGGCGGAGCUAAAGAGGGAGCGCUGGGAGCCGCGUGAUUGGAGAACACAGCUGUCAUUCAUCAGGGAGAUGAGGAGCAAACGGGAUGCUCCCGUGGACCAAAUGGGAGCAGAGAAGUGCUACGACACAGAGGCCCCGCCUGAGGUGCGUCGUUACCAGGUGCUGAUCUCCUUAAUGCUGUCCAGUCAAACGAAAGAUCACGUGACGGCUGGCGCUAUGCAGAGAUUACGUAGGCAUGGACUCAGCGUGGACGCCGUACUCACACUGGACGAUGAGACUCUGGGUAAACUCAUCUACCCCGUGGGCUUCUGGAGGACAAAGGUGAAGUACAUCAAACAGGCCACGGCUCUGAUCCAGCAGGAGUUCGGCGGAGACAUUCCUGACACAGUGGAGGGUCUGAUGCGUCUGCCGGGGGUCGGCCCCAAGAUGGCCCACCUGGCCAUGGACAUCGCCUGGAACCAGGUGUCAGGAAUCGGUGUGGACACCCACGUUCACCGAAUCUCAAACAGACUCGGAUGGACCAAGAAGGAGACCAAGACACCAGAGGAAACACGGAGAGCGCUCGAGGAGUGGUUGCCACGGUAACCUCUAUUUUCGGUCCUGUUAUUGCU